UUCAGGAGGGCCAUUUGAAAAGGUUCGCAGAGCGAGGCGGCACGUUAUAUUUAUAUUGCCUGUAUUAACUAUAAGAUUGAGGAUGUUUUAAUACAACCGUUAGCGCGAUAUUUUUAUUGACAGCGUAUGCGCCAAGGACCUCAAGUUUCAGUUCAAAUAAUGGCUGGAGAACAUUCAGGUGUUUUGAGGGGCAAAUCCUUCUACCUCCAUGACUUGAAGAGACAUCAGUCCGUCACACUCACUGACAUCAUCAGCCGACUGGGAGGGAAAGUAGACAGUUUUCUCACCAAGGAUGUGAAUGUGGUUGUGACGGGCAUUAAAGCACCUCAUCUGCAGAUGGAUGGUUCAUGUACUGCAGAGGGAAACCAAACUGGAACUCCCAAACCUCUGGUUUGUGGCAGUCGUGGAAAAGCAUUACUGGAAAAAGCAAUCCACAGCAAUAAGUAUCAGAGCAGUGUGUUGGCUAAUGCUCGUUCCUGGGGAGUCAAAGUCUACAAUGUUGACGAAUUUCUAAAGUUCAUCAAUCAUCUAAAUCAGAAAAUGAAGACAGCUAAGAAAAAAAGAAGCAAACUAACAACUCCUCAUGUUAAAGCUGGAGUCUUGAGAGGUCCUUACCUGAAAGUGGAGGACUCAAGUCGGAAAUUCAGACCAUACUAUGCACAGACUCUGAGUUUCCCAGUGGUGAGUUUCUCAGGAAAAUUUAGCCCUUUUGAGCCCCUUAUUCCUCGGCAGUCUAGUAGAAGUAAAGAAGUAGAUUCCAGCAAGGAUAAUCUCAGGAAGAAGGAAGACACUACUAGCAGCUGCAAUAAGUUGCAAGCACCACAUAAUGCAAGUGCCACACACAGAGGCCCAACUAAAAAAAGUUCAGGCUAUUGCGAGUGCUGCCACAUCGUCUACAAAGACCAGUAUGAGCACUUGCAGUCUGAAAUGCAUCGUUCUUUCAUUCAAAAUGACAGUAACUAUGCUGUAGUAGACCAACUAACAGCUGCUAUGGUUGCUAGCUUUGUUUAUAAUCUAAAUCUAGAAGUGGAUCCAACGCUGAUCAAGUCAUCAACAGGCUUCUCUCACUUCCAACUGAGUAAUUCAACUGCAAUGGUGCCGAAUUCUGUCAGCGAAAAUGAAAAAUCUCUCCAGAAUUCCCUUGUUCAAGAAUGUGAUUGUCUACCGGCAAAUACUGACAACAAGGCACACCCCAUUCCUAAACCUAUCCAGAGUACACAUGGUCAACAAAAUGCAACCUUGCAUCAUACAAUGCAGAAAAACUCUCCAGAUGCUCUUGACAAUGUCAAAUUAGGCUUUUACAUCAGCUGCACCACAAAGGUUCAGGACUUUCAAUCUGGUGUUCUCUGCAUGGAUAUAGUCCCACAUAACAUUUUUCCAAAAUCCCAGACAGUAGAGAAGAAAUCCAAGACCCCAUCUUCUGUCACACCCUCAGACACUCCUUGUAAAAUGCUCAUGCAAAGCUCUUCUGGAGACAACAAAAUCCCACACACCAUCACUGGUGAUAAAGUUCCUGGACCUCAGGAACGAUGUGAAGGUGGUCAUGAUCUACAUGUACUGCAUAUGCAAAGUGGUCUUAUAGGUGGAGUUCCUAACACGGUCAACUCUCAAAAACUAAAAUAUGAUUGGGAUCAAGGUUUAAAAAUUUGCUCAAACAGCCCUAAGAUGUUGCUCCAGCAAGGUGGAGAUGGUAAUUCUGAAAGUUGUGGCCAGAAUAUGUUGGACCAUAGAAAGUUGCCUUCAACGAAACAGUCACUGAAAUUUACUGAAGUCACUGAAAGUCCCGAGUUUGGCAUCUUUUCAAUACCACGUUUUUUACCAUUUCCACACUUGUCAGAUUACCCAUUUUCUAUAGUUAACUUAAAAAAGCGCUGCAGGUCCUUCACUCCAAGUCCAAAACUUGCUAAGAGAAGAAAGACUAGUCAAAGUGAAAAGUCAAACCCAAUUCAGGGGGUUUGCAGUGCUAACUUUAUAAGACAGUACUCAUCUGUAUUUUCCACCAUGUCAUGUUUACCAGUCUCCAUGGUGGGCUUUGCAACAGAGAUUCAUAAUCGAACUGGGGGUAGCAUACUACCAAACCAUGAGUCAACACUUGUGAAUCAGAUUCCUACAAGGCCUCCUCUAAAAUAUUUUACUCCUAGUACCCACUGUUUGCCUUAUCAGGUUGACCAACAGGACAGUGCUGCAAAGCAGCAUGAUUUGUGUCCAGUGGAAUCCCGAAUAACCACUUGCUCAUCUGAUUUGGACCCUCCUAAGUUGGUUCCUUUUUUCCAUGAAGAUCAAUAUCAACGCCAUCAGUUUCAUGAUCCUCCAGAACUGUUACCCUUUUUUUUCCAGACCCCUGAAGAUACUUCCCAUACAUCAGUCAGUAAAGCUCCAAACAGCUCUUUCCUGUCACACUCCGGAGCCUCUGUUUGCAUUGAAUCUGCUCUUCUUCCUAACCUCACGUGGUCCACGGCCUCUUCUGAGUCGGAUUGGGAUUCUGGUCUCUUGUCAUGGUUUACGGCUGGAGUUCCUCUUCAGGCUAAAGGGGGACAUGAUGACCUGGGUUUGUUAUUACAAAAGCCACAUACUGGCAUGCAGGAUGGGAGCUAUACAUCACGGUUGUGCUCCAUACUGCAACCCUCUUGACUAUCGUAAUUGGGAUCGAAGUUGCAUCAAUCUGAAACUUCUGCAAACUUCAUUUUUUACUUCUACAAUUAGAUUAAAGAAAUAGUUCACCCAAUACUUAAAAUUCCGUCAUCAAUUACUCACCCUCAAUUAGUUCCAAACCUGUAUGAAUUUCUUUGUUCUGCCAAACAC